UUCAAUAUGAAAAUAUUUUCACAGAAUUUUUCUUUCAAUUUUUUUUUGUGUUCCAAUAAUGUGCAUAGCAUUUCACAAACAACAAAAAAUGUAAUGCAGUAAGUGUUUCAAAAAUGUCUUCAGAACAUACAUUCUGUGGUACCUGGGAGAUAGCUGAAUGCUCCUUAAAUGCGAGACCGGAAAUCACUGGACUGGAGGGGAUCAAAUUUCGCUUGGAUGAAAUGGGAGACAUAAUAUGGUAUAACGAUUUGAUUCAUUCAAACUUUGGUGACAUGGUCACCCAUGAAUCAGCAGAAGCUUUGUUCAGCUGUGAAACGUACGAACUAAUCGAUGCCAUGGCUGAAGGUCCGGGAUUGUUGUUUGGAGCUUUUGCUGGACAUAAUAUAGAGUUUAAGACUGAUAACUAUACGCCAAGUAAUACAAUGUCAUUGUCAUGUGAAGGCUGGUAUACUUUACUUUGCAAGCGAAUUAAAGACGAGCAAUCGACUGGUCAAGAUGUACCAUUUACAUUAAUAGCGGCACUUCAAGAAGGUCAUUUUAAUGACGGUGUCAUUAAAAGCUCUGAGGGUGAUGAGUUCUACGUUCAUUCGCCGAUUCUACGACUGAAUGGAUUCGAUUGCAGUGCGUAUUUCCAAACAAAUUCAUUGAAUUCUGAUGCGGACACAUCACCGUCACCAAAAUCAACCAGUCAGAUCAAGAUAUCAAUUAUUGAACCGACACAGACUGCUACACAACCAUCUUCCGAUAGUCCUAAAUUAUCUUCCUAUUUACUAUCACCAAACCUUUUACUCUCACCUUCACUGGACAUGUUUCAGUUUCCAUCCAAACUAGCUAGCAACCUAUCCAGUUCAUUCAAUUGUCUUUCAUCGCGACGGCUAUCCGACGAGCCCGUUCUAUUCAUAAAAAGUCCCAUAUUCACAUCCGAUUCCAAUUUGAAAACUUGCAAAAAUAUUUUCAAUUUUGGCGAUUACUUGCUCAAUCCCGUCGAAAGUCGUACGAAAUCGAAGCCACCACUGUCACCGCAUCGAUCAAAGAGCCCGUUUGAGACGCCGCCGUCGUCACCACUAACGCCCGUAGCAGUGCUUCAAAAGCUGCCGUCGUUCAUGCUAACGCCGAUAAUUCAAUGGCUGUACUCCGAAUGUUUAAGCCCUAAUUUAGAUGAAGAAACAUGCGAAAAGUUAAUUAAUUUCGCUGAAAGUACGAUACCAUUGAACCGAAUGGUCGAACCGUGUCGCCAAUAUUUGAAGCUAAAUAAAUUGAAAAAGUUUGUUGUAAAUGUUGUGAUGGAUGUGCAUAACUGCUUUAAUCGAAUUAUUCAUGCAAUUAAUCCGGCGACAGUAUCUCGAAAGCCAGUUGGAUUAUGUAAAACAUGUAAAUUUGCUGUUAGGGAAGCUGCAAUUGGCUGUGCGAAAGUGUUACAAUUUUGCAACAUUUUCGUUAAAGAUGACUUCGGAAUGACACGACAUCAGCGUCACGAAAUCAUCAAAUAUAUUCGCUCAAGACUUCCAAUUUUUCUCGCUCAAUGUCAUCAACUGUUGCAAAAUAUACAAUGCAUUUUAUCAAAUUUAGCAGACGAUGAAAAAACAGAAUUAGUUGUUUAUUUAGUACCUGAGAUCAAAACUUCAUUAGGAUUAGUUACGGAUGUUGUUAGUGAAAUCAAAUUGUCGCUAGAAGAAAUGUGCAAGGAUUUAAAGAGCAGCAAUUUCCAGUGCAACAAAGAGCGUAGAUCGUCUCAAAAGACGCGAUUAAAAAACCGUCAAGAUAUCGAAGAGUAUGCAUUCAAUGCAGAUAGUGCAUUCAAACGGCCAAAUACUUUCGAUAUUCCGCUGUCAAAACGUUAUGAAAAUUCUGCCAAUAAUUUGAAAUUUGUCCUGUACAUGUAUGAAGUGAAGAAAAUGAGAGAUAUUUACGGACGAGUUACAAUGGCUUUGGAUAUUGUUCAACAAAAGAAAACUGCCUUCAACGAAAUGAACUUAGCCAAUAAAGAGCAAACUAUACGACAGAAUUUGGAACAGCUCAUCUCUGACAUUCCAGCUUAUAUUGAAAUGCUGGAAAAUGUUGCCAAUAGUUUUGAUGAAAAAAUUGGGUGGAAGGAAUUCAAGUUUUGCUUUAAAUUAGCUACAAGCCAAAUUAAUGGUGUCGUGACGAAUUUAUUAGAUCAUAGGUCCGCCUUGAAAGAUGCGAUGUCUCAUAUUUGUGAAUUAGUUCAAAAAAAUAGAUUCACUGAAACCAUUAUAGACCUAGGCUUAUUAGAACCGAGCAACAUUUUGCAGUGUCAAAUCGAGGACGACGUUGCUUUUGAUUCAAAUCAAAUCAAACAAAAUUACUACAAAACAUCUAAGCUCAACUUGAUACGAACAUUGUGUGAACCACCAGCACUGUCUCAAAGCACUCUAUCGAAAAAUGCCAUUCGUUUGUUGCAUUCUGGCCAAUUUUCCGACAUGGAAUUCGAGAUUAUUGUUCCUGCAGCGCCGACGAAAAACAGUUCAAGUAGUCAAGAAGAUGCUUCCAGUCAACUUCAAGUUCACACGUUCAGAGCUCAUCGCAUCAUUGUGGCAUCAAGGUGUGAAUGGUUUCAUAAGGCACUCACGUCUGGAAUGCAGGAGAGCAUCAAUAGAAAAAUAACCAUUCCUGAUACAUCACCUGUGAUAUUUCGUCGUUUAUUAUUAUAUUUGUAUGGCGCACCAGUCGAUAAAACUGUUGGGGCUGAAAGCAUAUGUGAACUGAUGUUGCUUGCCGACCGUUUUUCGUUAGAUGUGCUUAAGGACAUUUGUGAGACAACUUUAAAAUCUCUAAUUGACGAUGAUUCCGUGCUCUGUUUGCUUGGUAUCGCUGACAGAUUUAAUGCUGGCGUAUUGAAGGCGAAUUGCUUUUCGUACAUUAGCCAGCAUGUUUAUGUGGCCAAAUCGGAAGUGUUUCAUGAGUUGCCGAAACAAUUGCAGACUGAAGUGCACGACCUCAUUCAGUGGUGCGGUCGAAUACCGGAACCCUGGAGUGAUCGACCCAAAAUUAGCUCUGGGCAUAGCUUAAAGAGUCCUUCACGAAAUUCGAAAUCAUCACGUUCUCGAAAGUCUUCACCGUCUAAUAUGUGACACUGACAAAUGUAUUGUCGACAAUCAUAGGUAUUUGUUGUCAUUUAAAUAAAACAAAAAAAAGAAGAAGAAAUAACAAGAAAAAAAUAUUUUACUUUUAUUCAAAUUUCAAGAAAAAAAAAGAAGAAAAAAACCAAAAAAAUAUUUAAUUCAAAUUUUAUUA